AUGACCUCAACGGUCGAACACACAUUCGUGAUCAAUCUCCGUAACAUCCCCGCGAAGCAUCUGCAGAUCAGCAAUGGACAGGUCUUUGUAGGCACAGAUUCUCCCCUAACAGCCCAGCAAAUCGUCCAGGAGCAUAAUCUGCAGCAUCAGUUGCAAUACGAAGGGAAAAGCUAUGACAUUUCCUUAUCGAUGGAAGAUGGUUCGAUUGAGGUUAGGAUCCACGAUCUGCGACCUCAAGUCUCCAAUCAGCAACUAGCGCUUCGACUGCGUGAGUACGGUCAAAUUCAGUCCAUUAGACAAGAGACAUGGAAAGAUUUCUUCCCUGGAGUUCCCAAUGGGAUAAGAAUAGUACGUAUGAAACUAAUAAAACCCAUUCCCUCAUACAUCACCGUCGAAUCAUCCAUGACACUUGUAACGUACAAAGGUCAAACCGCUACAUGUAAACACUGUAACCGUAAUGUGCAUUACACUCAAAAGUGCUCGGAGUGUGCAAAAUCACUCCAAGAACAAAACUCAGCACAAACAAGACUUUUGUCAGACCUCUUCAAAACAGGCCCAACCACUAGCACUGAUCUCGAAAACACAAAACAAACCAUGCGACCUCCCACUGCAAGACAACUUUCGAUUUCAUCCACUGAAAUGGAUGAUGAGUUUCCACCGUUACUAGUCCCGGAUGGUAAGAUUCAACCUGCAGGAAAUGAAAUGGAGAUUACUGGUGUAUGUUCACCAGAUUUUGAUGGAACCUCUGAAGACCCAAACAUCGCACCGAAUCUCCACACUAAACGACCAGCUUCACCAAUGAACAUCGAACAGAAACACAACGAAAAGCGGAUCACACGAAGCCAGGAACAGCGCGGUCCCCCACGGUCACGAGAGGCCUCUAGAACAAAACCGAACACAAAGUAACUCAAUUCACUUUCAUCGCAUCGCAAAUUACAAUCACCAGCCAACCCCACGGAAUUCCCUCAAAACGCCCCUUCAUCACGACACUGUUUACCAGCUGUAGCGCAGUUUUCUUUUUCACUGGUAAGCAUACCGAACAGUAUAUGUUCAACCGAAGCAACACACGAUACUGCCACCCUCAGCCAAAUCCCAAUUAUUCCAGAACUAAACACCAACACUGUAAUCAGCCGACCAAUGAAUCGAUUUACCGGACGCGACGCAGUUUUUUCUUACUGAACUCACUACCAACACGGAAGUCAUUCGACCAUCGUACACAACUAAGG